GCUGGGGCCAAUGUGCUGCUGCAGGAUGUUAAUGGAAACAUUGCUCUUGAUUAUGCCAUUGAAGGGACGGAAUCCAACUGCAUCCUUCUGAUCUACCUGGAAGAAAAUGGUGUGGAUAUGAUCUCACUGCACCAGAUGAAGAUUCAGAGACCUAUGACAAUGCUUGCAGAUGUGAAACAACUUAUAUCAGCUGGAGGGAGCAUGAAUCAGAAGAAUGAUAAAGGAGUUACACUGCUGCAUAUAGCUUGUGCAAAUGGGUACAAGGAUGUGGCAUCUCUGAUCCUGGAUCAUGGUGCUGAUGUCAAUGUCAUGGAUAAUCAGUACUGGACCCCUUUGCAUUUAGCUGCAAAAUAUGGACAGACAAACCUUGUAAAACUGCUGUUGAUGCAUCGGGCAAACCCCAGUCUUCUCAGCUGCAAUGAUGAAAAGCCUUCAGAUAUUGCAGCUUCUGAAUUUAUUGAGGAAAUGCUGCUGAAGGCUGAAACUGUUUGGGAAGAAAAAAUGAAAGACCCUUUAUCUGUUUCUGCUUUAUCACAAGAGGAGCCAUAUGAAGAAAUCAUCCAUGAUCUGCCUGCACUUUCCAAUAAACUCAAUCCCUUAGCUUUGCCGAUUGCCAAACAAGACAGUUUGCUGGAGAAAGACACCAUGUUCAAAGAUUCAACAAAAGGUUUAUAUAAGCAGCAGUCUCAAGACACCGCAUCUGACAAAGUCACAGUGAAUGACACAACCAAACUUGAACAGGUCAAGUUAAUGCCUCCAGCACCAAAUGAUGACUUGUCUACUCUGAGUGAGCUAACAGACAGCAGCCUUCUCUAUGAGAUUCAGAAACGUUUCAGUAACAAUCAGAUAUAUACCUAUGUUGGAGAUAUACUGUUGCUUGUGAAUCCAUUUAAAGAACUUCCAAUUUAUUCCACUAUGGUCACCCAGCUUUAUCUAAGUGACUCUGGCAAACGAUGUUCCUCACUUCCCCCACAUAUAUUCUCCUGUGCUGAAAGGGCUUACCACAUGCUUUUCCAGGAGCGACGUCCUCAAUGCUUUAUUCUCAGUGGAGAAAGUGGUUCUGGGAAAACUGAAGCUUGCAAACAAAUAGUGAAGCAUCUGACAUGUAGAUCCAGUUCCAGCAGGUGUACCUUUGAUUCAAAGAUAAAACAUGUCAACUGUAUCUUGGAGGCGUUUGGACAUGCUAAAACAACCCUGAAUGAUUUGUCUAGCCGUUUUAUAAAAUAUUUUGAGCUGCAGUUCUGUGAGAAGAAAAAAAUAUUAACCGGAGCAAGGAUUUAUACAUAUAUGCCGGCGAAGUCUCGUCUUGUCAUGCAGCCUCUCAACCAGAACAAUUUUCUUGUUUUUUACUUGUUGAUGGAUGGGCUGUCCGCUGAAGAAAAGUAUGGCCUAUACCUCAGUAAUUUGUCUGCACACAGGUAUCUGAACCAGACUGCACUGGAGGAGACACCAAUAACAGUGAACACAUUCAACAGAGAGAAAUUAGCCAUCCUAAAACAAGCUCUAACUGCUUUUGGAUUCAAUAACCUGGAGGUGGAGAACCUGUUUGUAAUUCUCUCAGCAAUUCUGCAUCUUGGAGAUAUUCAGUUUACUGCUCUGACAGACGCUGAGACAGCAUUUGUGUCAGACCUGCAGCUACUAGAACAAGUGGCAGGAAUGUUGCAGGUAUCGCCAGAUGAACUUGCUUCAGCCUUAACAACUGAUGUCCAGUAUUUCAAAGGAGACAUGAUCAUAAGAAGACACACUAUAGAGAUUGCAGAAUUUUAUCGAGAUCUUUUGGCAAAGUCACUGUAUAGUCGUUUAUUUAGUUUUUUAGUGAAUACAAUCAACUACUACCUCCAGAAUCAAUAUGAGACCAGCAGUGACCAGGUAUUUGAAAUUGGAAUAUUGGAUAUCUUUGGGUUUGAGCAAUUUCAGAAGAAUACCUAUGAACAGCUGUGUGUCAACAUGGUCAACGAGAAAAUACACCAGUAUAUCAGUGAAGUGCUUUUUUUACAAGAGCAAGCAGAAUGUGUACAGGAGGGAGUUACUAUGGAAACAACAUAUUCUCCUGGUGACCAUACAGAAGUCUUGGAUUUUUUCUUUCAGAAGCCAUCAGGUUUUUUGGCAAUGCUGGAUGAAGAAAGCCAAUCCAUUUGGUCUGUUGAACAGAAUCUUUCUAAACGCCUUCAGUCUUACGUGGAAACCUCAGACACAAGUGCUGUAUAUUUUUCCGCAAAAGAUGGAAAUGGUAAUGUUGCACCAAAGGAUCAGAGUCCCAACUUCACUAUUAUGCAUUACGCUGGAAGGGUGACUUAUGAAAUUGUUGGAGCUAUUGAAAAAAAUAAAGAUUCCCUUUCACAAAAUCUCCUGUUUGUAAUGAAAACUAGUGAAAAUAUAGUUAUCAAUCAGUUGUUCCAGUCUAAACUGACACAGACAGGAUCCCUUGUACCUCCAUAUCAUUUUCCUAAAGUUAGAGGAUCCAAAACAGCCUUGCUCAAUAAGAAUACAUCAGUAGCCUACACAAGAGGUGAAGCAAAGAAAUACAUGGAGCUUAGUAAGUUGUUGAAAAAGAAAGGAACUUCCACAUUUCUUCAGAGACUGGACCGAGGGGGCCCAAUCACUAUGGCCGCACAGCUCAGGAAAUCACUCUCAGAUAUUAUUGGGAAGCUUCAGAGCUGCACACCCCAUUCUGUUCAUUGUAUCAAAUCCAAUAACGAUAAGCUGCCAGAUACUUUUGAUAAUUUUUACGUGUCUGCUCAGCUGCAGUAUAUUGGUGUCCUAGAGAUGGUGAAAAUCAUACGGCAUGGUUAUCCAGUACGCCUCUCUUUCACUGACUUCUUGUCAAGGUAUAAGAACUUAUCUGAGACAACACUGGGAGAGAAAAAGAAGUUAUCUGCUGAGGAGAAAUGUCGUCUUGUUCUUCAGAAAUGUAAAUUACAAGACUGGCAGAUAGGAGUCCAAAAAGUGUUUCUAAAAUACUGGCAAGCUGACCAUCUCAAUGAUUUGUGCCUACAGCUACAGGGGAAAAUUGUAACCUGUCAAAAAGUUGUAAGAGGAUUUCUAGCUCGCCAGCAUUUGCUGCACAAGAUGAGCAUCAAACAGCAAGAGGUCAAAUCAAUCAAAGACUUUCUGCAGAAUACUGAGGAUAUGGGGCUGAAGGCAUAUGAUGCUUUGGUCAUUCAGAAUGCUUCUGACAUUGCUCGGGAAAAUGACCGGCUCCGCAACGAAAUGAAUGUUGCUCACCAUAGGGAAAAGUUAGAGGUUAGAAACAGGCAGGAAGAAGCCCCCAAAAGCACUGAUGACAGGGGUGGGAAGGUCUCUGAGGACAGCUUUGCUGGCUGCCGAACGCCUAAGCAUUUUUAUUCCAGUUCUGUGCCUAUCCCCAUGGCAGUUGAUGGCUUGGUACAUUCUGUGGCUGGAUCAUCCAUCAGAUCUCCUUCCCUGCACUCUGUGUUCAGCAUGGAUGAUAGUAAUAGCCUGCCAUCACCAAGGAAACAGCCUCCUCCCAAACCAAAGAGGGACCCCAACACACGACUGAGUGCUUCAUACGAGGCCGUUAGUGCUUGCCUGUCGGCAGCUUCUAAGGAAACAGCGAAUGAAGUAUUGACCCGACCAAGGCCACACAGUGAUGACUAUAGUACCAUGAAAAAAAUUCCUCCCAGAAAACCAAAAAGAAGUCCCAACACAAAGCUCAGUGGUUCUUACGAAGAGAUAUCUGGCCAAAAGCCUGGUGAUGUGAAACAUUCAAUUGUAGUCUCUCAAGCAGGUGGUCAUGACACUAUGACCAUACAAAGAGCAGCUUCUGCUGACGGGCCACAUCAUAGCACAUUGAGUUUGUGCAUGUCACAGGAAGAGGAGGAAACUGAGCCAGUGUAUAUUGAAAUGGUAGGGAAUAUUUUCACAAAUACUUCUGAAAGCCCAGACCCAGGAGAAUCUGUUUAUGAAGAGAUGAAAUAUUUUUUACCAGAAGAAGGCAGCAGUGGUAUUGGGAUGGUUCCUUCAGCGACUGGAUCUCCUCCACUGUUGUUUGAUAGCAAAAAAAUUAUACCAGUUGAAGAACUUGAUGUAAAUAAUCAAGCAGCCUUGGGCUAUAAAGACUCUUGUGACAUUCCAGCCCCUUUUCCAAACUUGCUUCCUCAUAGGCCCCCACUUCUUGUGUUUCCUCCAACCCCUGUAACAUGCUCACCUGCUUCUGAUGAAUCACCCCUAACACCACUAGAAGUAAAAAAGCUUCCUGUCCUGGAAACCAAUCUUAAAUAUCCUGUUCAGUCAGAGGGUUCAAGUCCUCUAUCCCCACAGUAUUCCAAAAACCAGAAAGGGGAGAAUGAAAAACCUUCAUCCCCAGGUUUGGCUGUAUUUAAUGUUUCAAGCAAAGUAUCUCCUCCUUCAUCUCCUCCUCCUCCACCUCCUCCUCCUCUUCCUCCCCCGCCACCUCCUAUGCCCCCUACUAUUCCCUAUCGACCUUCCUCACAUUUCACUUUCCCCCCAGAGACUUGUGCUGCUUUUCUGGUUAAUACAGGGAAAACAGGAACAAACUCAGAGCCAUCAAAAGUACCUCAGAGACCAAAUCCUGUACAAGUUGGAGGUUCAUCUUCCCAAUUCUCCAAGCUGCCUUACUCCCCAGUAAAGGUGGCAAGAGUUGAGCACAGGAAAUCAAACUCCAACUCAUCAUCUCCACUGCCAUACAGCCCUACAAACUCAAGACCCUUGACCAGUCCCCUUGAUGAGUUAACUAGCUUGUUCAACUCAGGGCGGAGCAUGCUUCGAAAGUCUGCAGCAGGAAGAAAGAUUAGGGAGCCUGAAGGUGUUGAAACUAAUAUGAACUUCAAAAGCAGGGAAGAUCCCACCACAUCAGAAAUUGAAUCAGGAACCCAAGAUAAAAAUGCAAACAACCAUGGAACUCAGUUGUCGAAUCCACUGUCUGGUUCUGUAAUGGCUGAAAAUGGAAAUUCAGUCUCAAAUGGUGUACCAGAAGAAAAUGAAUAUUCAAGAUUCUCAGCCAGCACUGCAGCAAGCUCAUCAAAUCAAAGGCAUAGGGAGAGCCACACUAGUCAGGUUAUCCACCAGCUCAGACUGUCAGACAAUGAGAGCGCCGCACUGCAGGAACUUCUGGACUGGAGGCGAAAGCUGUGCGAAGAGAGAAGUGACUGGCAGAACAUCCUGCACAGCACAGAGGAGAGAAUCACGGCCCCUCCCCCACCUCCCUGUAAGAAGCCAACUCUGCUGAAGAAGGCGGAAGAUACCCCCUGCAACAGACUUUCUUCAGGGAUCUGGGACACCACUAUGUGAUUUCAAUUUGUUCAUUUGUGGGAUAUUCAAAGUAAAGCCAUUUAAUGAUUUCAAUCUGUAAAGUCAGCAGGUUUCUGCCCCUGCAAUGUGUGCAGGAUUUUCUACAAGUACCCAUUCAAGAGCACAGGAAGCAGGAGUUACAUAGAUCUGUUGUGUGUUUGUGUGCGUGUGUAUAUACGUGUGUUUCUUUUCCUUUUUUAUAUAUGGAAAACACUGUAAGUACAUAGUUUAAAAAUACAAGAUAGUUACCUACUGCUCUCACAUGGACACUGAACAAAUUCUGCGUUAAGUGCCCGAGGUUAGGGAGAGGUAAUUGGCAAACAAUUUGGAGAGACUGGGCAAGUUUGUGUGCACACUGUACAGCUGUUUUAUAUAGUACAACAAUAUGAUGUUUCUUGUAUCUCAAUGAAUGGUUUUAUUAUAUUAUAUAUACCUAUAUAAUAUUUCUUUGUAGAUGUCUGUGUUUUAUUGGAAUUGCAAACAUGAUGUUUAUUACUGGUAUUUUACAACUUUAUGCAAUUGGUGCUGUUGUUCUUUCUUCAGAAUACAGGUAAUAAAUACAGUACUGGUACUGUUUCAUGAUUUAUCCUUAAUAAUGUACCUAAAGUUUCAAUACUGUGGUGGUAUUCUAGCACUGGCAAUGUCAAUCUUAGAGGCAGAUCUCGAAACCCUUGUAAAUCUGUCAUUUGCCAGAGAGGGUUAAUGCUAAUUCAAUAAUUAGAGAGCUCUGCUUCUUUAUUAUGCCCCUGUUUCUGAAUGAGUGUAUUGUGAUAUUCUUUAAUUUCAUCUCAAAACUUAUUUCAUCCUGAGUUGUGUGAAAUAAUGAUAUACUCCUUUAAACUAUAAAUCUGGUUGUAGUUCGCAGCUGGUCAGGUGUCGGUGGAAAGAUACAUAAUAGUAACUAGGUAUGAAAGUACAACUCUGAUUUACUCAUAUAAGCCGCAAGGCUUCAUGAGAUAGGUGAAUCAAGGGAUUAUAUCCCUAUAGCAGUACAAAGAAUGAUUCAUUUAUACCUUAGAUUUCAUGGAAUGAAAUGAUUUCAGAAAUGUGAGAGUCUGGGUGGAGGACAUGAGUUCUCACACUCAUAUGAGGAAAAAUGCUGCUGGAAACUAAUUCAUUAUAACAGCAUAUGUCAGUCUCUGAAAUACUCCUUGGCCAUUAAAGUAGCAUGAACAUAUGUACAUAUGUACAAAGGUGUUUUGUCAGGGGCUGCUUGCUUUAAGUCCAUGGCCUAUCUAGAACUAAUGUGAGGCACUCUUUCUGGUGGCCUGCCUCUCUCACCACUAUGAGGGAAAUAGAGGAAAGGAGCUGUAUAUUUAAAAAAAUUUAAACUCAUAUUUUAUCAUUUAAGCUAAGUUAAGAUUAAGUAUCUGGCUAGAAGUGUUUAAAAAGUGGUUUUUUAAUUGGUCAUGGGGGAAAAUACUUGUCUUUCCACUUAAAAGAAAUAAGUGGAGAAGCUAAAAUGCAAUCUCAUGUUUGCUUUGGUUUAGUUUUGGCUAUUUGGGGGAGGUGCUCUUAAAAUUGGACACUUAAGCCCCAGCCUGUUGUCCAACUGCCUUUUAUCACUAGGCAGAACUAAGUCUGCUAUGUUACUGGAAAUUGAAACAUUCAGGAUAAUCAAGGAAGAUAUCCCUUAGGCUUAGUUAUGCGGAGACUAUACUUUAACAUUUAGUUGGGCCUAUUUACUCCAGCUGGGAAGGUUGCUCAUCAGAGAAUGUGGCAAUGACUUGUAAACCCAGAGCAAUUAUACUAAAGCCAGGAUAUAACAGAAAUGUAUGGCCUCUGCCUCUGCUCACAUUAUUCAGACAUAUUGCCCCUCUAAUAUGGCCUUCUUCAAACACCUAUCCCUCAUAUGCUAUCCAUACUACUAACUUUUAAAAACUGAUAAAUACAUUUAUUGAGUGUAAUUCAAAAUGGCAUUGCAUAGUUUGUGUCCACAUAACACCAUUGUCAAACUUAGCUAGAAGCAGUCUCAGAACUUUGGUCAAUCCCCGCUAAAGGAGCAGAGAUGGGGGUCUAAGCAACACUCUUCACUCUUAAAGAAUUGUAUAGCAUACUAAUCCAGCACUGGGAAAAUGAAAAUAUGCUAGGCUAGCAUUAUAACUCAUUUCAUUGAUACAGUUACAUGCAAGAAGUUCAUACAAAAUUGACGUACCCAUUAUACUAUUGUAGACAGGGUAAUAGACACAUGUUACUGUAUUUCUAUUGGGUGCCAAAAGUUCUUGAUUUUAUUUUCAAGAUCUGAAAUAAAAAAUGUUGGUUCUGGGGUUCCUCCUUAAAGCAUGUAGCCACAGUACAAAACAAACAACAAAUAAUAUAGAGAUAUUUUGAUUGAUAGUGAUCCCAGUAUCAACAAUGAACAGCUUUUAAUGUUGAAAGGCUAUCAGACUAUGAAUGUAAAAUACAAUAAAAACAUGUUUAGAAGAUUUCUGUUUGCAUUAAGAGAAUGCUAGAGUAUGAAUUAUGAUGUAAUAAUGCACACAUAGUGUGUCCAAUUGUCCUUGUCUUUGGCCUCAUGCCUAAUAAUAUAGUUGGUGUAGAAUUAUUAGACCAUAAUUCACAUCCUGCUAUGUCUUAUUGCUUAAAUAACCAUAACCCUGAGGUGUCUUAAAACUACUAUUAAUGUUUAGAUUGUGGAUCAAAAUACUGUUUACAGGGCUGGAAACACAUACUAUUGACAUAUUGAAGUGUUAAGAAAUAGUUUUAGCAGAACCGUGUGGUGCUUAUAAAUUAACCUCCCCUAUGGAAUAUGCACCCGCCUAUUAGAAUGUUUUUGAGUGUAUGUCAUUCUCCUUUGUACUUAGCAAAGCAACUUAGAAAAAAAAUAGUGAGCUCAACAUGCUAAAGGAAUACACUAAUCUCUGUGAACUUUCUCGUGCUGCUAAUUUCCUGUGAGCAAUCUGAAAUACCCUUUAUACUGCAAUAAAGCAAGUUCAGGAAGCUGCGAUUAUCAUCAGAUAACCACACCUCCACAUUGUGCCUUAUUGCUUAAUUGUUUCAUGUGUGAAACAAACUGAACUUAAUGCAGAUUGGCAACUGGUACAGUACAUAAUGCUAAGAAUUAGGCACACGAUUUACAGCUUAUGAAGUUCCCAGUGAUGGUCAAAAGUCUACAAACCUGAAUUACAAUAAAUAAAUACUGGAAAAAGCAGAUUGGCAUGAGAGAAUUGUAAAAGCUUAUUUCCUGAGAAAGCAUUUAGUUCUUCUUUAUUUUCUAUAGUUACAGUCCUGGAAUGGAUUAAAAGCAAUACCUUUGUUUCCACUUUUUAAAAUUGGAUGUAGAUGUUCAGAAAAAUACAAGCACAAAUCUUUUACAAAAGAACUGUGUAUAGCAUGAGGGGAUAAGCAUUUUAAAACUUGUAUUUUUUUUACAAAACAGUAACAUUGUUAAAUAAGCGAAUUAAAUUCUCCCUUCUUUGCUAGUGAUCCUUUUUAUUUCUUCAGAGAGGCUGACUAAUGUUCGUUAAUAAGUUUAUUACAUUGCAGGUCUUUUGUGUGUAGGACAAAGAAUUUCAUUAACUAGCUGAGAAAGCAUAAUAGAUUAUAGUGGAGUACUGAAGUGAUAGUAAUAACCAGAUUCAUUGUCAUUUUUAAUUCUUCUCCAGACAGUACUGAGGUCCCUAAUAAUCACUUUAUUUUUCUCUCUGUAAAGCUUGCUAAUACAUGAAAUGUUCUGAGAAGCCUAAAAUAAGUUUUUCCAUUUGCCUGUUUAAUUAAAUUAAAUCUUAAUUUCUAAUAAUUAAAUGCUGUACCUACCACUUAGUGUUCCAGAGUAAUAUUAAAUAUUUCAUUACUGUGUGUGUGUACACAUAUUACAUACGUGUGUUCAAAAAUCUCUCUCUCCAGCUGAGCUUAAGAAUUACAGUAUCCCUUUUUGCUGUUCUUUGUGUAUUCAGGGGUUUCAUUUUCAGCAGAAUAAAUAAAUCCCAUGUUGCUUUAUAAUGUUAUCGUGGGAAUUAGAUCAUUAGCAAAAGUUUGUCUUUCACUCCACAUGUGGGUCAGAAUAUUUGCUUGGUGAUGCCAAAAAGCCUGAUGUGAUCAUUGGCUUGAAUACUGGGUAGAAGUAGAGUCAUGAUAUUGCUUCUGUGUUUACUACUACUGCCACUGCUACUAAAAUACUUUGUCCAGUUUGGGUGAUCACAAUUCAAAAUGAUGUUGGUAAGCUGGAGAGGGUUCAGCGGAGAAGAACUGGAAACCAUGCCUUAUUGAAAGACUCAAGGAGCACAGUUUCUUUAAGAUAUCAAAAUGAAGGUUAAAGGGUGACUCGAUCACAGGCUAUAAUUACCCACAUGUGGAAACAGAGAUUUGGUAGUAAAAGGCCCUUCAGUCUAACAGAUGAAGAUAAAACACAACUGAGUGACUGGAAUUUGAAUCUAGGGAUCUGGGAAAUUCACCACUGGAACAAUUUACCAAGGGCUGCAGUAGAUUUUCCAUCAGUUGACAUUUUUAAAUAAAUACUGGAUGCUUUUCUAAAUGCUACUCUAGUUCAAAUAGGAAUUAACUCAGGCUUUAAUUGUCUGUGUUAUGCAGGAGGUGAGACUCAAUUGUCACAAUGUUACCUUUUGGCUCAGAAUCUAUUAAUCUAUGCUAUGCUUUAAAUCCAAGGGAAUAUUAGAUGUUUCAAAGAGACCUGCAAACUUCUUUUCAUAAGAUGUUUCACUAACAAAUCAGGGUUUUGUUUCCAUAAUUGUAAAGAAAAUUGGAAGAGUUGGCAUUUCUGUAAACAAAAUACAAUAAUCCUGUGAUCAGAUUUAGUUUAGUUUGUUCCAGAAGUGUUUGACUUUUUCCUUUAAAAUAUCACCAGUUAAAACCUGAGUCCUCCUAGCUUUUUUCUGAGUGUCUAUCCAGCCAUUAAUAUAGCAUAUUACAUCAGUCCUUGUAAGUCUUAAUUAUUGUCCCUGUUUAUCAUCAUUCACUAUACCAUUUAUUCUAAUUUGUUUUACUAUCUGCCAGACCAGUGUAGACUAUGUCAUAGCUCCAUUAAAAUUAUCCAGUCUUGAAAGUAUACCAGGAAAAAAAAUAUUUUGUCCAACAGUUCAUUCAGUUUUUAAUCUUCUUUAUCUCUGUUUCUAUGUAGUUGUGCACAUAAUCAAAAAAUUUCAAUUUCUAUUCAGUGUUAUUUGUAUUUUUGAAGACUACAAACUAUUAGUGCCCAAUCCCAGCACCAGUCGGCAGAACAAAAGACAGUUUAUAUCAGAAGACUGAAAAGGUUCUGAAGAAAUAGAUAAUGGAAAUGCAUUCCUUGUGCAAAUUUUUCCUCAUUAAAAAAGUAACUGAUUCAUCUGAGGAAAGUGAAUAUAAGUCUGGCUUUAUGGUGGGGAAUCAAUUCAAGAGUGAUUCUAGGGUCAGAUGAGUUUAAAAUUCUUCCUUGGUUGAAAGGUUUUUCCCUGGUUCUUCCUUGGUUCCAAUUGCUUUCAACUUUUCAAUAAGUGUAUGGGAUGUUUUCAGUUCAGGGAGAUGACAGUGGGGGAGGAAACAUCUCUUAUUGUCUGUUGAUGAGAGAGACCGGCUUUCAAGCUACACAGAGCUCUUCUUCGGGACCAGUACAGCUAUAGCAACACUGCACACACGUUUUCAAAUUGAAUGUUAGGUAAUAGAUUCCUGCCUGACGGGUUACAGCUAGUUAAUGUUGAACUAACCUGCCCCUGGGCUUGCUAUGUCAAUGGCAUAGUCCUUUGAGAUCAAAACUCCAGCAUCAAAGGCCAAUAAAUGUAUUUCUGUAGACUCAUGCAACCCAGUGGGAAUGUAUUGUGUGUGUAUAUACCUAAGUCUCUAGCUUAACUUAGAGUAGUUUAAGGUCUCCUCUAAUUUGUAUUUGCCUCCAGUGUCUGCAAGGAGCCGUUCACACAGCCAUUCCUAGCUAUUCCUUCUGUCCCCAGGAAUAUCCUCUAUAGAACCACUCUGCGGGGGGAUAGGGGUUGGAGGGAAAGCUUGAUGGGAUAAAAUAGAGACAGCUACAAUAGCCCUAUACCACCUGUGGAUUCUCCUGCACCAGCACGCUCCUUGGAUGUUCCACUAACCCAGCUUUGUGGGUGCUUUGUACUAAGCAGCCUCAUUGUGGGUGGGGUGCAGUGCUAAUAGCUGGCUUAAUAAGGCUAUGUCUAGACUGCAAAGAAAAGUCAGAAAAAG